ACCCUAACCGCCCCAGCUGUCCCAACCACAUAUAAGUAUAACAUCUUUUUCUCUAGAAUUCACUCAAGAAAUUGCAAUAUACAUUGAUUUAAGACACACCCUUUUGAAAAGAAAGAAAAUCUAGUCACGAGAAAGUUAGAAAGUGAAAAAGAAAAUGGAGAAAAAUGAAGUGAUGGACGGUUCAGAUAUAAUGAAGUUAGUUGGAAAUGAAGCAGUGUUUAGUAACUUUGUAGAUCAUAAGUUUGAAGAACUGGACAUAGACCAAGACGGUAAGCUUUCUGUUAAGGAGUUACAACCUGCUGUUGCUGAUAUUGGUGUUGCUCUUGGUUUACCUGCUCAAGGUUCUUCUCCUGAAUCUGAUCAUAUUUACUCUGAGGUUCUUCAAGAGUUUACACAUGGAAAGCAAGAGAAAGUAAGCAAGACUGAGUUCAAAGAGGUUCUUUCAGAUAUUCUACUAGGCAUGGCUGCUGGUCUAAAGAGAGAUCCUAUUGUACUUCUUCGUAUGGAUGGCGAAGACCUUCUUGAGUUCGUUAAAAGUCCUGCAUUUGAACCUGAAAUUCUCUCCAUAUUCUCUGAGAUAGAAUUGCCUGAUGGAUCUCUUAAAGAUCACAUUAUCAAGGCUUUUGAAAAGCUUACAGUUGAUCAUGGGAUGCCUCCUGCUUCAGAUUCAUGGGUAAUGAGUAAUGUUGUGGAGCCAGUAGUUGAUUCCUGCAUUGGAGCAUCUAAUGAGCAACCUGUUUCACAAGAGACAUUUUUGGCUGAAUUUAAGAAAGUUGCAGAGAGUGCUGCUCAACGUCUCAAGGAGCAGCCAGUAAUUGUUGCUCACAGUGAGAAUACAUUUGAUGGAAGUGGAAUUAGAAGACUAUUGUCUAACAAGUUUGAAUUGGAUAAGGCGCUGGAUUCUGCUGUAAAGACUGUACCCAAAGAUCGCCAUGGGAAAAUGUCAAAGGAAUACUUACGAGUUGCACUCGAUCUCCUUGCACCAUCAGCUGGUUUACCUCCCAUUGGUGCUGUUGACCAGAUGGAUAAGAUCAUAAUUGAAGCUUGUAAGAUGUUGGAUGCUGAUGAUGGGAAGAUGGUUAAAGAGGAAGAGUUCAAGAAAUUACUGACAGAAGUACUGGGGAGCAUGAUGCUGCAAUUAGAAGGAAAUCCAGUUUCAGUGUCCACAAACUCAGUUGUGCAUGAACCUCUUGCUUCUGCCUCUACACUCUUGCAGCCUCCAUCUAAUUCUGAGAUGUAACUGAUCCUAUGGAACUAGACGUAAAAGAAUAACAGGGGAUGUAUUAUGUAAAUUUAUCUGAGCUAUUAAAUGUUACAUAAGGUCUUUGACUAGUUUAAAGAUUGAAUGAGUAAUCUUAUUUUUUAAGUACAACCACAUUCAGAUA